AUGUCAUACACGAUUGGUGACGCCACCGAAAAAGAGGUAAAUCGGAUGAGUCUUGUCUUACAUCGACGAUCCUUAAUAGAAAACAACCCUAGAAUUAAACGUCAGAUCAAGUUUUUUUUACUUCGAAGAUUACACGAACACUAUCAUUUCGAGCUAUAUGGAAUGUGUCAUGUUAAUAAAAGACAACUGUUUAGUUUAUCAAACAAAGCGAUUGGUUAUUUAGUAAUUCAAGUUUUGUUCAAAUUGAAUAAAUAA